AAUGCUCUAUUAGUGUAUUUUAGUAUUUUUUACUAAAAUACCCAAAAUAUCUUUGAUCAAGAAGGUAUUUUUAAAUAAAACAUAUUUUUUCAGUCUAUAUAUUUAGUCCUGAAUUCUUUAUCGAAAUAUUUUUAUUGAGCUCUGCGUGUGGAAUUGUCAGAAAACAUGUUGUAAAAACUACAAAAGUUCUGGUUUUCUCAAAUUUUCUAACUAUUUUUAUAGAAAAAUGGCAACUGCUCUGUCAGCUUACUGGGUGCGAUUCUUCAAGAACGCCGGCUUCCCACAGGAUGUGGCUACAAAACACGCGGUCGUAUUUUCAAAUAAUCGAAUAAAACCCGACAUGCUUCCCGAUUUAGAUAAGCCGAGUUUAAAAGAAAUGGGCAUUACGCUAAUGGGCGAUAUGAUAGCAAUUCUUCGCUACGCAAAACGAGUCGUCGAAGAGACAACAUGUGAGAAAUUUUUAGUCGACACUGAAGAUUCACCGCCACCACCACCACCGCCAACAUCGAGAACUGUCGUUAAACCAGUGGUAAAGAAAGUUGUCGCUAAAGUUGUUCCCAAAAGCACAGUUCUUAGUAAAGUGAAACCCGUAGCUCCAACCAAAUCCCAACUGUCCACAACUCCAAGCACAAUUGUCAAGAAAAGUAUGCUCUCAAAAGUAACAAAACCAAUUGUCGAGGAAAAGAAGCCAGUGAAGAGAAAAAUCGAAAAGAAAAUCGAAAUACUCGACAGUGAUUCGGAUCAGUCGGAUAAUGAUAACGAUUGGAAAGUGGAAUCACAAAAGAGAUUGAAAGCAGUGAAGGACGAUGUCGAGUAUCAGGUUAUAAUGCCCAAAGGCACAACAGUGAGAAGUCAGCAAAUUCUAAAGAAGGCGAUCGAUCAAAAAUUAACUGUAUUCGAUAGAUUGGGCGAUAGUUCUGUGACAAGUACCACUAAUUUAGCGGAAUCAACGACAACUUUUAAUAUCACUGGACUCGGUAAGGAUGUGAUUAAACGAAAUUCUAGUGUUUUUAAUCGACUCGGUGGUAAGGAUCUGUUGAAAAAGAAUGAGACUGUCACUGCAAGUACAAUGAAAAAUGGAUCCAGUGUGAAACCUACUGCAGGCAUAUUGAAAGCUCGAGUGCCUACUAAAACGACUAUUGUUUCUUUAAAUAAACAGUCGAAAACUAUUAAGAAGCCCGGAGGAACAAUGAGAGCUGAUCGUGAAACUCAUAUCAAAGCGGCGUCAAAUAGCGUAAAGCAACUUAUUAAAAAUACCAAGAGUAUUACAGUUAAUGAGAGGAGUCCAGUAACUAUUAAGAAAAUGCCAGUCAACAGUAAAUUAGUUCAAAUAAAAAAAUUUUCAGCUUCCGAGAGAGUGACGUCAGUGCCAGCAAAAGCGCGACUUGGUAUUUCGGGAACAUCUCCAAAGCAGGUGACAUUCAACAGUUUCGCAUCGAUUGCUCACGUCAAAAAACCUGGAGUUUUUAGUAGACUUGGACUUUAAAAUAAAGAAGAGUAGAUUUUUAAAUUUUUGCGUCUUAUUGUAAAUAUUUAAUUACUACAAGUUUGAAUGAAUUAAAAGAAUGAAUCGAAGAAUUUUUUGUAAGAAAAAAUAGAAGAAAAGUUCUGUAUAAUUUAAUUUUUGAAGUAAGUUUAAACAUUUAUUUUUUCGUUUUAUAUUAACAAUCUGACAAAGAAAGUAACUUAAAAAAAACAAAGUUAAUUGUAAACACAAUUUUUCAACAUUUAGAAACUACUGUACAAAAUUUCAAAAAAUAAGUGAACAAUGAGAUUUAUAACAAUUCUUUAACGAAAUUUACUUUUUAAUUUUUUUUUUUACUUUAGAAAAACAAUUGGUUUACAUGAAAAUUUAGUUAUAAGGAAAGGUUAUUGUACACAAAAAACAAAUUUUGUAAUUACAUAGAAAACAAUAGAUUAUAAUUCUCCUUUAAUUACAUGUUUGUAAUGCUUUAUAAUAUAAUUUUGUCGCAAUAAGAAUAA